AUGUUUGACCCUGCAGCAUCAUCAUCAUCAACAAGUGGCCCGAGAACGGCGAAAAAUGCCCAGAAACGCCCCCAUAAGUUGGCGGCUCGACUUUCCGUGGAAAGGGAUGCCAUCUAUAAUUUGUUGUACAAGUUAGCUAACGACAAUGAAGAGCACUUCACGACCCAUGGAGCCGCCGGCAAAUACGAGCAGCGAUUGGUGGCUGGGUGUAUUGAUAUCCAGCAGAGUACACCUCAAUUGAAAGAACAAGUGAUGAAGCUUCAGGAGCUGGCACCAAAAUUUGACUACGACGAGAAGGUGCCGGGAAAUGGUUUUAGGUCCCUGGUCUGCAUCUGUGAUACUACAGUACUCCACUUGAUCUCCCUGCUGCGUGUCUGUUCCGAGAUGAGAGAUUCGAUCAUGUUCCGACUGUCCCAUUAUUGCAAAGAAAUUGAGGCCUACAACACUGUCGUUCACUUUCUCCUGAAUGCACUGCCAAUGACGCUUGAAACCGAAGCCGCAAUGCCAGACGGGUUCCUUUUUCCACCUCUGGAGGGCGACUAUGGUAAAUGGCACGAGUUGUUGCGUGGAGUCGAACAGCUCGACUCGAGCUGUUUUUAUGGACGACCGAUCGGAUUUCAGUUCUCCCCUACCUGCAGUCGUAUCUUCCGUUUCAUCGGCGUCAUCCUGGCCACCUAUUCAUUAUCAUGGGAAAGAGGCCAUGGCCCAAUCGGGUCUCUCAUCAAUUCUGGACGAUUUUUCCUAUCACCAGAGCAGAGGGCGGCAAGAAUUAUUAAGGUCACCAAAGAAGCGGAUAUCGGCUUCUGCAAGGGAUUCUGGAAUCUGUCGGAGCUUGGAAAUAACAUGCCCAAGUUUUUCCUACCUAAUAUGGCUGUGAAUGAAUUGAGGGAUAUCGUGACGACAGGACCCUUGACGCUGGAAACCUGUAGUGGAGAGCCAGUAACAAUCCCCGAGCCAUCCGCUCACACUGGCACUCGACCCGUCAAAAUCCGCGUCAUGUCUCAUCUGAAUCGCCAGGGGCUGACGUCCUCCGGAUCCCUGCCGCCAUCCCCUCACCUUCUCUUCCACUGCCAUGGCGGAGGGUUUGUGGCGACGAGCAGCAAGAGUCACGAGACGUACCUCCGAGUGUGGGCAAAACUUCUGAAUUGCACGAUCGUCUCUGUGGAAUAUUCACUGGCGCCAGAGAAUCCAUUCCCUCGACCAACCGAGGAGGUCCUCUACGCCUAUGCUUGGAUCAUCAACAAUCCACAGUUAUUCGGCUGGACCGGCGAGCGGAUCGCUAUGGUUGGUGAUAGUGCUGGCGGGAAUCUGAUUGUUUCCCUCAAUCUUCGCCUAAUCCAAUUGAAUGUGAAGAGAAGACCCGAUGGAUUGGUGCCUUGCUAUACGCCUUUUUUGUUCCAGUACCUCCCCAGCCCUUCUCGCUUGUUGAGCGUCAUGGACCCACUUUUGCAUAUGGGUGUCGUUUUGCGAUGCGUUGCUGCCUAUACGGGCGCGUACACCUUCAAAAGUGACAAAGACAAUGGAGGAGCCACUCCACCGGAAGAAAAUGGCCACAAAACACUGCAGGAAUAUGUGGAACAAGUGCAGAAAACGCAGAAAAUUGAUUUUACGGGUGGCUCUCAAUCGAUCGUUUCUCUCGUGAAUUUAACACAACCGAGUUCGCCAGAUAUCACGUCAACGGAAAGCACCUCAUUUUUCAAGACCAGCCCAACCCUGCCCAGAUCGCCGAAAACGGAUGAAGAGGAGAGCGAGGAGGAUGAGGAUAAUCGAUCGUUGAGUAGUGUUAGGAUCGAUUCCGACCCUCUCCACAUCCACAUCUCCCCCUCCGUUUUUGACGACAAUUUUGUGCAUUUUCUACAGUGUCACCCGAUCACUAAAGACCAAGUCAUUUGGAAAAACGGAGAAAAACCGUCAGAAAAUGGGAUGGAAGUGGAUGAGGUGGCAGAAGAGGCGACACAACAACUAUUGACAUCCGAUUUGACGGCAAUUCCGACAUCUUCCUCGUCACAUCUCAUUGGACAAUCAACUACUGUCACUAUUGAGAAGCCGACAAAAACAACGAUGCCCAACUCAAUGUCGACGAACAAUUUGGGGACCGGAAGGAAUCCGCCAUUGUCGCACAAACGGUCGUUGUCCCAAACGUUGGCUGACACAGCAAGUCUCGCCUAUGGCCAUGCUUUCGAUAAUUUGAGUGAAUGGUUCGAGAAGCCGCAAAAGGCAAAACUGCAACGGGCGUCCGGAUCGCAGGAAAUUGCACAGGAAUCCGAAGAAGAAGAACACCGUUCCCAUCUCCUGGAACUGUUGAAUAACUCAGCCGUUCCCCGGGAUCCUUUAAUUUCUCCGAUGUAUGCCGAUGAUUCCAUCGUGAAACAAUUGCCACCAAUCCAUUUGAUCGCUUGUCAUUUGGAUCCGCUUCUUGACGAUACCAUCGCUUUUGCCAAGAAGAUGAAGAGGGCCGGUGGAAAGGUCGCAUCCCUGGAUCUGCUCCCACACGUCCCGCACGGAUUCCUCAAUUUCACGCUAAUGUCCCCCGAAUGCCGGGAUGGAGCCAAAGUUUGUCUGGCAAGGAUUCGGCAGGCACUCGGCAUCACGGAUACACAUUCCGGG